CCCACUAUGGCGUCACCUCUGGUACUGCUCGCCACUCAAGGCUGCCCAUGUAGGCACUCUAAGGAUAGAGUGUUAAAGGCACAGUUAUACCGUUCGACCGUCGUCGACAACGGGCGAUGCUUCCUUGGAGAUCGUGAGCACUUUCGGUCCCUAUGAGGGUUUCAACCUCGCCCCAUUCCUUCCUUCCAACCUCCCUUCUCUUCCUUCCGCUUGCACUUCGCUACUACUGUGACGUUCUUUGCAUACCUACUGCUUAUGGUCUAUUUCUUGUUGCUCGCCUUGUACCCCAAGCAGGCUUAGGCCUACAGAUACGUAGUACCUGCACGAGCAUCCGGACUCAGUCAGGUACUGAUGAUUCCGAUGACUUUACUUUGCUGGAGUAUUGGGCCCGCGUGCUCUUUUGCGAAGACGGUUGACUUGUUCCUACCUUUUCAAGUGUACCACUCUCUCUCCCUACUGAGCUACACGUCGUGAAAUGCUCUUCGCCUUGGUGGGAUGUACGGGCGUUCGAAUGCACGCCCACCUUGAAUGACUAAGAAGCCAUCUUGAAGUUGGAGUCAGAGCCGGGCCGGAUCGGCUGGGGUUCGGGCUUCCGUGUGGAGUUGAGGCUCCAUGGUUCUGCCUCCACAGAGAGCAGGUCGC